AUGGCAGGCUCAGAUGUUGAGAUGACUGGCGUGAAGCGACCAGCAAUCGAUCUCGAAAAUUUACAGCGCAAGAAGUUCAAAACGUCAGAUCUGCCUUUAUCCGCUGCACAGCGAACGACGAUCGAUGGCCUUCUCUAUGCAUUUAAGAAAAAGGGUGGUUUCGACUCGGUUCGAAAGAAGAUAUGGGCUGAAUUUAGUGAGAGUGAAGCCAAAAAUUCUCUUACAUCAUCUUUGAUUGAAAUGGCUGAAUCUGAAAUUGACCGCGAUCCCUCCCUUUUGUCGCGUGAAAGAGGAAAAGCAGCAACUCUGAUAGAGGGUGCCGUCGAUCGCAGUGAUCUUUAUAAGAACGUUGAAAGUGCUAUCGAUGCGAUAUCCUCUAGCCAUUUGGACUAUAUCCUUGACUCCCUACGCAGUAUCAGGCGACAAGAAGUUGGCGAAGAAGCGGCUGCUCUUGAGGAGGAGAGGGGUAGCAGGACAGACGAACACUACGAACGCGAAGUCAAGAUUAAGCGGCAGGAAAGAGAAUUAAUGUGGCUGAGAGAACUUGAGAAGCAGAAACAGCUUGAAUUGGACAUGGCUAAGGCCAAGGCUGAAGAGCUACGGCAACAACGUGAGCUUGAGAAACAGAGGGAAGAAGAGGAACGGAAAAAGAAGCUGGAGCUGGAAGAGAAGCGCCGGGCAGAAAGAGAAAAGAUUCGGGAAGAGAGGCGUCUUUUGGAGGAGCAGAGGGAAAAGGAGAGAGAGGAGCGUUACGAACGAAGAAGGCGAGAGCGGGAAAAGGAAAGAGAAGAGGAUCGUGAGAGAGAUCGUGAGAGAGACCGUGAGAGAGACCGUGAUCGUGUGAGAGAUAGAAAUAGGGCCGAAUCAUCAUCUCGACAUUCCCGACACCGUUCCAAGACCCCGAAAGAGCCUACACCUGUGAUCGUUGACGAGAAAUCAUUGGAAGACGCAGCGUUGGAGCUACUCCUGAAAGAAGGGAAAGAGUUGGCUGAAAAAUCGCGCCAGAAACCAGAGUUCGACUUUGAGCAAGCUGAAGCACUUGAAAAUGCACAGGCUCUGCAGCAACAGCAGCCACAGCAGCCACAACAACAACAACAACAACAACAACAACAACAACAACAACAACAACAACAACAACAACAACAACAACAACAACAACAACAACGUUCUCGCCAACCUUCAGUAACUGAUCUGAAGCUUCCUCGCGCGGAUCAGACCCGUACACGUGUCGUGCCGUCUCGACUGAAAAAUGAAUUGACUCCAGCCUCUGAACCUUCUAAACUUAAACGUAGCGUAAACGAGGAUCGUCGUGAGAGGGAUAGAGAUCGCGACCGUGACCGUGACCGUGACUACGAGCGAGAUCGUGACCGCGACCGUGACCGAGACCGGGAUCGACGGCGUGAUGAUCGUAGCAGGUCCAGAACACGACGCUCCUCACGAUAUGACGACAGGGAUCGUGAAAUGGAUCUGUACAGACCUUCAACCCGGGGUAAAUCGGAUCGAGAUGAACUUUCUCGCACUCGUGGAAGAAGUAGACAUCGCAGUAGGAGCCGUAGCAAAUCUCUUGCACGAAGUGGCGAACGAGAAAGGGAUAGGGAUAGGGAUAGGGACCGAGAUAGGGAUGAACGUCGCUAUCGCCCCAGGGAUUACUCACGAGGCCGUACUCGAUCUCGGUCAACUAGGCGUCGACGGCACUCACAAUCCCAUUCCCGCAGCCGCUCCCGCACUGCUCAUCGGGCUCCUGGAGAUCGGGGAUGGGGACGGGAUCGGGACUGGGACUGGGACAGGGACAGGGAUAGGGACAAGGAUAGGGAUAGGGAUAAGUCUUAUUCUCGCCCUGACUGUCGAUCCAGGUCUCGAAGUCCACCCGAUAUUGAUCGCUAUGUACCUCCUACUAGCAACCGUAGUCGAACACCAACGAGACGACGUGCGAGAACACCGGAUCGUGACCGAGACCGUGACCGGGACCGUGAUCGUGAUCGUGAUCGGGAUCGGGACCGUGAUAGAGAUCGUGAUCGGGAUCGGGACCGUGAUAGAGAUCGUGAUCGGGACCGUUACCGAGAUAUAGAUGACCGGCCUAAAUUUCAUGAAGUUGAUCGAUACAUUCCUGGAGGUUCUGGUAGUGCUAGCGCUACAGCCAUUGCCGAAAAGGAUGAUCGGAGGUCAAGUAGGCGGAGGAGCCGGAGCAGGUAA